GUUUUAAGCACCCCUGCCUUCAGCCUUCUCUCCCCCAAGGUUUUCCCCUCCCUCUCCCCGCAUCCGCCAGACUGCCUUCUCUCUCUAGCGCACGCUUGUCCAAAAUGCAGCUCCGGCCGCUCGCCACCGCCGGGUCUUUUCUCCUUACUGUGUUGCUGCUCGUCUCCGGCGGCAUCACCCACGCCCACAACAUCACGAAAAUUUUGGCCAAGCAUCCUGAGUACUCCACCUUCAGCCAUUACUUAACCCUUACACAUCUUUCUUCCGAGGUCAACCGCCGCACCACCAUCACCGUCUGCGCCGUCGACAAUGCAGCCAUGAACGAGCUUCUCUCCAAGCAUCUUUCCAUCAACACUAUUAAGAACAUCCUUUCACUCCAUGUUCUCCUCGACUACUUCGGCGCCAAGAAGCUCCACCAAAUCACCAACGGCACGGCGUUGGCCGCCACCAUGUUUCAGGCCACCGGAACAGCUCCUGGAUCUACCGGAUUCGUCAACGUUACGGACCUCAAAGGUGGAAAAGUCGGAUUCGGUGCGGAAAACAACGGUGGAACUCUCUCAGCUUAUUUCGUCAAAUCCGUUGAAGAGAUUCCGUACAAUAUCUCGGUGAUUCAGAUCAGUAAGGUUUUGCCGUCAGAUGUAGCGGAAGCGCCGACACCUUCACCGGGCAAACAGAAUCUCACGGCCAUUAUGUCCAAGCAUGGUUGCAAAGUUUUCGCCGAGACGCUCUUAGCAUCGGAUGCAGAAAAGACCUAUAUGGACAGUCUGGACGGCGGAUUGACGGUGUUUUGCCCUGUGGACGAUGCUUUCAAGGCGUUUCUUCCGAAAUACAAGAACUUAACGGCUGCGGGAAAGACGGCGUUGCUGGAGUACCACGGCGUUCCGGUGUAUCAGCCUCUUGCUACAUUGAAGUCCAAUAACGGCUUGUUGAACACUCUGGCCACCGACGGGGCUAACAAAUAUGACUUCACAGUGCAGAAUGAAGGUGAAGAAGUGACGCUGAGGACCAAAAUCACGACGGCCAAGAUCACCGACACUCUCAUCGACGAAGAGCCGCUAGCGAUCUAUGCUAUUAAUAAGGUCUUGUUGCCCAAGGAGCUAUUCAAAGGGAAGGCAUUAGCUCCUUCUCCUGCGCCGGCACCAGGGCCUGCAGCCGCCGACGCGCCGGAACAACCGAAGAAGAAAGGAAAGAAAGCGAAAGCUGCUCCUGCAGAUUCCGAUGCAGAUGCACCAGCUGAUUCGCCGGACAACGCCGCCGACGAGACCGCGGAUGACAACGGCGCCGUUAGGUUUGAUGGCGCUGUGUCCUUUAGUGUGGCGGCGGCUGCCUUUCUGGUGUUCUUACUCCUGUGAGUUUAGUGACGAGAUGCUUUCAUUUAAUUUCAUGAUUCAUUCACUUUUUGAAGGCUUUUAAUUGGGAAAUGAUGGUGAAAAAAACUUUAUAGCUAUUUUUUUUCUUAAUUUAAUUUUUAAAUUUCAAAUUUUAUCUGUGAGAAAAGGAAAAUUUGUUCAAGGUUGUGAUUCCUGAUGUAAACUUCGUUCAAUUGUUAUUUAAGGUGGUACUGUAGAACUAUUUGUAUAUUUUGUUUUGUAUAAUCUUGAAGGUUACUGCGGAGAUCAUGAUUAAAAUUA